ACCUGUUGGAAGGUUGGAGAACGCAGAUCAGUCGCAUUUUUACUGUUUGGAGGUGUGCGAAGGUCAUAGAGCAGAGGUGAUCGAGCUUCAAAAACAAAGUUUGCUGUAAGGAGAACUAGUUACAGACAGAAAGUAUUGAAGGUAUACUUGGGUUCUUAUCGGUGGGAACGCUUAUUCGAAUUAGAUCAUGGAGAAUCAAAUAACAAGUAAAGGAAAAAUCAGAGAUCCUAGAUGGCUUCGAAUUGAGGUUUGCAGAGAUCACUUGCGAGAUGAGAAAUGUGAAAGAGGGGACGAUCAGUGUCGCUUUGCACACCCAGAUAAAAACUGCCUAAUUGUCAGUGGAAAAGUCACGGCUUGUUAUGAUUCGAUGAAGGGCAGGUGCAAUCGUGAUAAUUGCAAGUAUUACCAUCCCCCGGAGCACUUAAAGAAGUACAUACAGGCGCUAGGCAAGGCUUUUGAGCAGCAGCGGCUAGCCGAAGAGCAAACUGGGGGCUUUGCAGGCGGAAACAUCCCAGUUCAUUUUCCAAUGUUGAGUCCGCACCCCCUGAUGCAAGUGAACCCAAACGCAAUCCACGCACCCAGACGGCUGGACUUCUCAGACAAGCUGCCAAUCUGUUGUUUCUUUGUGAAUCAGUCUUGUAAAAAGAAGGCAGACGAUUGUCAGUUUGCACACCCACCUCCUUCUGUAGAUAUCGAUCCCAAUGGCUUUGUGACCGUGUGCAUGGAUUUUAUAGCAGAUCGAUGUGACAGAGAGAACUGCCGAUACUUCCAUCCACCGUCCCACUUAAAGGCCAGAGUGAAAGCAAUGCAGCUAAGACACACCCCACUGUCGACCUCUACUCAGCAACAGCCAGACAGCAGUGCCAGCAGUUCAGUGCCCGAGCCUAUUGUGAGCCAAGGGAACUUUGUCCCAGUCAUGUCAACAGCUCCGGCGCUAGUCUAUCCAACGCAAGUCACGUACGUACGAGGAUCGACGCCUCUAAUGUUAUAUAACAUGCAGACUCCAUUGGGACACGUUACAUUCCCGACGUAUGGGCCUAAUAGUGUGUUUGUUAAUAGUCCGCAGGUGUCCUCCACCGUUCCUUUAGCAAUAUGAAGAAAUUACAGCUAUUAGUCACAAAUUGCUAGAAUUGUGAAUAACACCAAAUGCUGCAGGUAGCAAACUGAAAACUUUCAUUGACAGAAUCAGGAUUUGACACCUGAUUGAUAGUAAAUGGGUCCCUUGAAGUCAGUAUUAAAGCACCAAAUGUAGUCCCUUCUGCUCUUAUUGCUAUUACUGAAAUCGUCUUCAUUUUGUGAUUAACGAUUCCCAAACGAUACGGUGUAAGUUAACGGAUAACAUAGUGUGAGACCCUCUUGAAAAAGGUGCUAGAAAACACUGAGCAUUGUUUCAAGUGAAAUUGAGAACCCAUUCUUUUUAACAAAGGUGGUCUUACAUGCUGACUUUGGAUAAUUCAGAUAUCAAAGGUUUGACUUUUAUUGCGACAUGAUUAUUGUUAAGUGCAAACAGUGAACUCACAACAAAGACGAAACUAUUGGAAGAAGAGUAUCUAGACAGGCCGUCCGAAGAAUAAUUGAGCCACUUUCGUACCACAAAAUAUACAAAAGGCUCAAAGGUCAUAUAUUAGUAUUACAAAUCAGGAUGAUAUUAAGCUGGUAAUAUUAAGCAAGAUUUAAGCAUCUAAAAGUAGUUGGUAUUAAGUUGACCGAAUUCCUUUAUGAUUGUGAGUUACAGUAUUAGGGUAUGUUUAGAAUUCUGCUACUGAGGGCACCUAUUUUAGGGAAGAUAAUUUGGCUGAUUAGAUUUUACUUUUAUCAUAAUUUCAGUGAUAUUUAAUUCAUUUACUUAUGCAGAUAUUACGCUCUAUAUGCGAUUUAUUCCUCCCAUUUUUAGGGUAGCAAACGCACACACACGUGUUAGAAUAUAGGUUUAUGAAAAUUUUCGUUUCAAAAUUUGUAGAAUAUGUAGCUAUGCAAGUAACAUACACUGUGUAUUCAUAACAAUCAUUCAUAACAAAUUACGUUUCGAGUCUCAAAAUGUAUUGAAUUUUAAUAAAGUACCAAACAACCGAUGGUAAGUAGUUCUGUUGAUCAGAAGUAUAUUUUGUUUUCCGCAUCACGUAAUGGGAAAACAUUGGUAAUUGACAAUUUAGUAAAAAAGAAGCAUAUAGCUAUUUGCAUUAAAAUAUCAAGACCUUGAUACUAUCCAAUAUUGGCCAAAUACGUAGGAUUUUCACAGAAAUUGCUGCGAAGUUUUUCUUUGAACUAAAUAUUGUACCAAUUUGAAAAGUUUUCUAUUUUGAAAUAAGUUAGGUGGUCUUUAAGAUGGAGCUGUUGAACAAUUUUGUCACGUAAAGAUUUGUAGAAUUCAUAGAAUGAAUAAAAUCUCAAAGACAUUAAUCCGUUGAUUUUUAAGUGUUUAUGUUUUUAAAAUUUGUUUGUAAAAAUGUAAAAACGCAAAGUUGAUCCUCGCAAAGACAAAAACGUUAGCAUAUGGAUUCGGAAUCCUAGAAUAUCAGUGUACUGCUUUUUCUGCGGCCUUUUCAAAAUCAUAUUCAUCUUCAUAAAGUUAGUGUCAAAAAAUGACUUGAUGUAUUUUUCAAAAGAAGUUAUGCUAUGACCAUUUACAGUAAGUAAUGAAAACAGAUUGGCAGAAGAUAUCCUUUUAAGACGAUUUAAAAUCAAGUUGGACUUCUUAAGAAAUCCCACUGCAGUAAAUUGGCAGUGGUUUCUGGUAUACAGCAGCGGAUUUUCUUUAUCAUUAAGAUAUAAGUUGCGAGCAAUCUUCAAAAACUAAGGUAUUUUGAGGUAGACAUGCAAAGGAACAUUGUAGAUACUUUGUCGUUCACGCAGAUAUUGUCGAUACGAGUCUUGUAUUAGUGUGGAUUUAAAUGGUAGUUGAAGGGUUCAAAACGAUUGUUUUAUUGUUUUUAAACUCUGAAGAUGUGUGACAAAAACUGUCCUAACCGACCUUGAAACUGGUCGGGUCACCAGUUUCUUUGAAUCAAUGAGAAUUGACUUUGUACCCAAAACAGGAUUGCUUAUAUGGGACGCAAUCAUUUACUGAGGAUUUUCUGUCAGUAGGUCACUGAAUUUGUUUUUUAGUAACCAGCGCCUUGUAUAUUCUGUCAGGCCAGUUUGCCUUAACAGAACGGUAUAGGGAUAUUCCAGGAAACUUUUUCCUAUUGUAUUCGUGCGUAUUGGCGUGUUUGCCACAAAUUUCCUGCAGUUGCGAUAAAAUGCAAAAUCCAACGCAGUAUUCAACCCAGAAACCGCGUUUUUAUGAGAGUGACCCAUAAAUUCCAAAAAUACAUUAAUGAAACAAACGCUGAAGCUCAAAUUCUUUUGUUUCCGAAAACCCGAUGUUCAGACAUUCGUCCGCCGUUCUUUCUGGCUGGACCUAAUUUAACGCCUACAAGCUUUUUGCACGCGCUCUUUCAUCUUGUUUUGUUUAUACUUCUGACGUCAUUUGCCUUCGAAUGCCCCGGAACAAAACAACCACAACGCACGUUUGACUCAUAGGGUGCCCAGAGCUGUUAGCCCAUUCAACGAGGAGAAUCUUCUGGACAGGGGGCACUUGCAAAACAUGUGAGUUGUGGAAUUACGUAGUGGAUAUUCAGAGUGCAGAAAAUAUUGUGUCCUAGAUUGUUCUUGAAUAUUUCCAUACUCGUUUCUCCAAGACGUGGAUGCAUGAUAGCAAGUGAAAACAUCAAGAAAGCUAGUGAGGCCCGAUGAGUACUUGGCCUAAGACGUGAUUUGAAAUGUCUUCAGAAGACGGUGAAAACAACGAAGGCCAUAGGACAAAAGGAGUAAAAAUGGUUCCGGGGACAAAAGUCAAGGAUCCUAGGUGGCUGAGAAUCGACAUUUGUCGAGAUUUUGCAGCAGGAAAAUGCAAAAGAAAAGAAUCAGAAUGCAGGUUUGCUCAUCCAAGAAAAGAAUGCAUCGUUGAAAAUAGAAAAUUAACCGUUUGCUAUGAUUCAUUGAAGGGUAAAUGCACCCGGGAGACAUGCAAGUUUUAUCACCCACCGUUCCACAUAAAAGAGUACCUUUUAGCAUUUGGAAAGGCACUUGAACAGCAAAGACUUGAGCAAGAGCGGCAAGAAUUGCAAGACAGUAUGGGACAGCGCAUUGAUGAAAAAUCAACUAGGGCCGAACGCUCUUACCAAAGAUCCGACAGCGAGCCAGUUAAUGGGACAAAUACACAAAACGGUGAUAUUCAGAUAGGAAAUAUUGAACUUAUUGACCAACCAGCCACAUUGAUGCUUGGCAAUCCUGUCGAUCCGAUUUACGUCACCAACUCUGGGUUUGCAAAUCAUAUACCAUCUGUCCAAAUCCCUUUAUGCACAUACCCCCAACCAAGUGCAGUCAAUCCAGGUUUUUAUCAAACACAGUUUCCAAUGAGAAGCUCAGUUUCAUUCCCACAUCACCAAACUGAAUUUACUAGUUAUGUUCCAGUGAAUGGAGGCUUCGAUCAAAUCAACCUUCCAAUGAACAGCCUCGGUGUUCCAGGUACACUUGCUUACCACCAUUCAGUACCGCAAACUAUAUUGGUUCCAGUUUGGCAGCCAGUUUACAAUCAAAGCACAGUGCAUAUGGGCCAUCCAACACAACAGUGUCCUGCCUUACCUCCUCGUGCCUACAGACCGAAUAGUAUCUAAGGAGCUGGAAGCGUAGAUUCAGUAGAUUCAGAUGCAAACACAUCGGUGAAUGAAUUUAUUACGAUUUUUAUUUUUUUCUCUAAAGAAGAAACGCACUAUAUUUUUUAGGAAUCUCAUUUCUGGUCCUAUAUGAGUUUCAUUAAACAAGAGGUAUUAAAGAAUCUAGAAGGUAAUCUUAGAAGGUAAUUAAACUAGAGGUAUUUGUAGUAUUAAGCUUGCUGACUUUAACUUAAUGAAAUAGAAGUAUUCUGGGACAUUUUAUUGUGGCCAUUUUGUUAUAGUCUCUUCUUCUGGUGAUGACCAUAUCCUAAGGCCAUAUCCUACAAUUCUGCGAAGGCCAUAUCCUACAUAAGAUCAUUAACCAAUAGCAUUUCUUACAAUAAGAGUCAUUAAAAUUCUGAAGUUUGGAACUGAUAAAAUUCAGAUUCCUUUGCUGUCUUUUUAAAUAAAUUUUCAUGGAGAGGAGUACUUUAUUUUUACUUUUGAGUUUAUGAUGAAUUAGCCAAAGCAAUGGAUCAUAUUAGCAGAAAGGCUUUGAAUUGAUAUUUAAAGGAUAACAGAAGGAUGAAAAUUGUAUUGCAAUAUAAUAACUGUGAAUUUUCUAGUGAAAUUUAUAAAAGAGCAGUUUGCCCCGUAUGUAAGUCAUUUGACUACUGCUACGAUGGCAGUUAUGUUGUAAAAAUUUGUAACGCUGGCAUUAUCACACGCAUUGCAAAAAGGGGAUUUUUCAAUUGGUUUUCUGUAUAGUUGGUCAGUGUUCUUUGUUGGUAAGUGUCCAGCUAAACUUCAGUACGUUACCAUCUACACAAUGUGAAUGCAGUUAUAAUCCUGUCGAACGUUGCAUUUUGUAAGUGAUUAUACAACUGUUGUUUAA